AUGCCCGUGCCGCGUGGACCGUUGCAAAAAGGCCCAGGUGACUGUUAUGCCUUGGCCUUGGCCGUGCAACGCGUUCACCAUCCGCCACAGGAAGCGCACCGACUGCGUGAUCUCUCAGACAUGCACCAAUCAAUGGGCAAACGUCAAGUGAAGACGCUGUUGGGCCAGCUCACCGGCAAAACCGCUUUGAAAGCCCUUCAGCGACGGCUACCCGCCUCACUCCGGAAAGUGUGGGGAGCGCUGUGGGCAACGUGUGACACACGCAUCCGCACACAAAUGUUUUUGCCCUUUCAAAACACCAUGCCUUGCGGCAGACUGCACAUCAUAAAAAAUGCAAAACAAAAAAGUAUUCUUAAAGUGUUUACAUUUGCCAAACACGUUUCUCAACACGCCACCCUCUUUCCGGAAGUUCUAAAAUGA